AUGACAGAAUUCGGCGAGUUGCGGCAUUUUCUUGGUAUGCGGAUCGACUACAACCGUAGCGGAGGAACGUUGAGAAUGUCGCAGGAGUCUAGCAUCACGAAGGUGCUGAAUCGUUUCGGGAUGAGCGAGUGCAAUUCGACCAGGACUCUGAUAGAGAAAGGCCUCCAACUGCCACAUGGUGGACUUAAUGCCGGUGAACCCUAUCGAGAGCUGCUUGGAAGCCUGAUGUACAUUAUGCUUUGUGUCAGGCCAGAUGUGUGUUACCCUGUCGGGUACCUCGGGCGGUUCCAGCAAGAUUCGUCGACCGUACAUUGGAACGCCUUGAAGCGAGUGGUGCGAUACUUAAGCGGGACAAAAACCCUUUGUCUCGAAUACCAAAGGAACAGCGAAGCAGAAGCGCUCGUCGGCUUUGCUGACGCCGAUUGGGCGGCCGACCUUCAGGACCGAAAGUCGGUAAGCAGGUUCGUCUCCAAGGUGUAUGGGUGCACCGUGUCGUGGAGCAGCAAAAAGCAAUCUACCGUAUCGUUGUCGUCAAGCGAAGCGAAGUAUGUCAUUAUUUGUGCAGCAGAUCUGCAUGUUGCUGCCAAACCGGUGACCAUUUUCGAGGACAAUCGGCCCCUUCCGUUUCCGAUUGACAUCGGAUCCGGUGGGGGGCCACUGUCAGACGAGAGACUUCAGCAGAUUCAACCUAUGGAUCCAAGUUAUUGA